CCCGUUUAUUAAAACGUAACCUUUCAAAGUCUACUGUCUGUAGUGUACCACAAUAACAUUUUUUUUUAUUAACAAUUAACAGUAAUUAUACGAAUAAUACAGCUGUUACAACACAUCAUUUUGUUAUCAGAUCUAAAAAUGGGAAACCUUAGUGCAAAUGAAAAUGAUUAAAUUUCUUACUAAAUUAUAAAAAAUAUAAUAAGUUGGUUGAAUAAAUGAGGCUACUGUGGAGGUUUACGUUUAACUUUAUCAUAAGAGUAAUAUAAACAAAAAUCAGAGUUAUUAUAACACAACAAAAUGCCACAUCCUUGUGUAGUAUGUGGUCGUUCUCGAAUGAAUCCAAACAAUCGGGAAGAAGAAUACAUGUUUUUUGGAUUCCCAGUCAACUAUGAAACUCGUUGUAAAAAAUGGCUAGAGUUUUGUGGUAGAGAAGAUCUCUACAAACUUACAAAAAAACAGCUGCUCCAAAGAAUGGUUUGUUCAAAACAUUUUGAAGAGAAAGAUUUUCUCAACGAGUAUUUUGAUAGAUUAAACUGCACUGCUGUUCCAUCUAUUUAUGAUCCAAAACAAAGUCUGUAUAAUAUAACAUGUGUAUUGUGUGGAAGAUUUAGAAAAGAUCCACCUGAUCCAGAUUAUGAUGGCACGACGUUUCAUCACUUUCCUGGAGAAGAGUUUAGAUGCCUGAAAUGGUUAGAGUUUGUAGGAGUUGAUUCUUAUUACCGACUAACAAGAAAAGAAAUUUUAUAUUGUUAUAUUUGUUCCCAUCAUUUUGAUAAAUCUCAAUUUAUGCCUGGAUACCGUAAUAGACUUAUCGACAAUGCAGUUCCAAAUAUUCGCUAUCCCGAUCAACUGAAUGGUACAGAAGAAUUCAUUUCAGAAGCAUUAUGUGUUGAUUCAAAACCAUCACCAGAAAAAUUAAAAAAAUUGGAUCCUUUACCUCCAGAAGUACUAGAGAGUCAAGCAUGUGCUGCUUGUGGAAGAUCUAGGUCAGAUCCACGUAAUAGAGUUGAGAAAUAUAAAUUUCAUCCGUUUCCUGCUUAUGAGAUAGGACGAUGUUUGCGUUGGUGUCAAUUUCUUGGGCGAGAAGAUUUACUAAAAAUGUCUCCUAAUCAAAUUAGAAAACUCGUGCUAUGUUCAAAACAUUUUCCAUCUGGUCAACCUUUUCAGAAAACUGGUCCAUGUGAUGCAGUUCCUACAAUUAAAGAUAUAACAGAUACUACUUUUUCUGCAUCUUCUCUUCUAUCAACAGAAGAGUCUGAUUCACCUCUUGUUGAAAUAAAUGACGCAACGAAUGAAGAACAAGUGGAAAUGCCAGAAAAGCGUAGGAAAAGAAAAAAUCAUUCAAUAUCAUUUGUUUCAAGCAAGAAGCCUUUUGUUGCUAAUAAACCUACACCUUUAGCAAAGAAAAGAGGCAAGUCCAGAAGACCAACGUUGAUCAAUAUUCCUAAACCACAAACGAUCAAUAUUGAUAAUAGAGUGUUGAGAAAAUUACCUUUACCUCCAGCUUCAAGAAAUUGUGAUAUAUGGAAAUUUCAGAUACCUAAUCAGAUUCAACCAAUAACCAUUCAAAAUCAUGUAACUUCAAUUCCUAAUGUUAACACAGCAGACGUUAAAAAAGUUGUUUUACCUUUCACGGGAAAUAUUUCGAAUCUAGGCAAACCAAUUCCAGUUUCCAGUUUAUCAAGUAUUCCACCAGGCCUUUUAAUAAAAAUUGAUUUACCGGAAGCGACCAACUCCCAACGAGGUAAAAAAAAACAGACAAGAAGAAAAAAACAAAAUAAUGUUAAUUUACAUACUCAGUUACCCGAAGAUCGACCGAAAAGAGAACGUAAACAUAAUAGAAAAUUAUCACAAGCAAUCACACAAAAUACAUUACAUCAUGAAGAAAUAGAAGAUCCUUCUCAGACAGAUUUGACUGACUUAUUGAUGUAUUCACCUGUAUCGAAAUUAAAUAUGGAUAGGCCAUCUGAGGGAAUAGAGAAUGAAGAAGUUGUGGUAGAAUCUAUAGUAGAAGAUGAAGAUUAUCAUGAAGCAUUUAAAAUAGAUGGAGAAGAAUCUGCUGAUAUGAACUUAAUGUUAGAAUCUUCCUGUAGUGAGAUGAAUUCGUGUGAAGAUUUAGAUAUGAAGAGCCAUAUCUAUAAUUCAAUUCCAUCACCUGAUGAAUUUGAAUUUGUGAAAUGUGAAGUAGCUAAAACAAGAAAAAUGAUGAGUGCACGCGCUAAACGAACACUUUUACCAAUUACAAAUGAAGUGAGAAGAUUUUUAAAAAAAUUACAGCCCCAAAUGCGGCGGCUACCUCGAAGAGCUCGUGCUCAAUUAAAAUUGUCGAUUGUAACAAUGGUUAUUGAUCGUUUGUAAAUACUAAUUAAAAACAUAAAUAUUUAUGUUAAGUGUAAAUGGUGGGGAGAGGUUUAGGAAAAAAAUUGUCGUUGAUGAGGAAAAUCAGAAAGGUUAAAUAAUAAAUAAAAACU